AUGCUUCCGACAAAAUCGUAUAGCUCCCUCAAGGGAAUGCUGCCUCGGAUACAUCAUCCGCUGCCGCUGAACGAGAAGAGCACAAAGAAGCUGUUGGACACGCUGACGACGUCGUUUCGCAAGCAUCUCGACCGGGAGCACGGCUGGCUCGAGGAGGAAGAUGCUGCGCCGAGGCGGGCGCUGAGACGGGGCGCUCCGACAGAGUCAAUGCCGGCGGCGGCGCCUUUGUUUUCGUUGACCGCACAGCCGGCAACGCACCGGCCAACGGACCACCACCUGCGGGCGAUCCUGGCGAACCCGCUCUUCAGCUACGACCAAACGGUGCGGAGCGAGGUACGGCAGGGGACGGAGCGGGACCCAAUGGACAUCUUCGACUGGGCGGUAGCGCGGGGGCUGAUGACGCCGAAGCGGGCGGCCGGCUGCUUGCUGGCGAAGAGGCGGGAGGCGGUGCUGUCGUCAAGCGUGUCGGCCAAGGCGUCGAUGGCGGCGUCAGGAGCGGGGCUCAAGGUGCUGCAGUGGCUGCGGGCGGCCGGACUGGAGCGGGACCUGUCGUUUGUGGCGGACGUGCAGCUGACGGGCGUGCUGGUGCAGUUCCUGGCGGCCGAGGACCAGCUGGACGAGGUGGUGUGGACCUGGAUCGAGCGGCUACGGGGAGACGGUGCGGCGGCCUCGGCAGCCUCGGCCUCCUUUCUGCUGGACCGCCUGGUCAAGGCCAAGGCCGGCGGAGCGGUCACGCUGGACGAGGCGUACCGCACGAUGGCGCGGGGGGCAGAGGUGUUCCGGCACGGCACCCAAUUCUCCAAGGCCAGCGCCAACGCCAUCUUCUGGACGUGGUGCUACCUCUCGUGGAAGUCCACGUUCAAGGCGUGGAACCUCUCGAGUCCGUCCCCCCAGCUGUACGAGGCCUUUGUGGCCAUCAUGGACGACGACGACCGGCCGAGCAUCCGGCUAGAACGCGCCCACCUGGACCUCCGCCACCCGACACACCCGAGUCCCGCGCCAGCUGUGGCGCUGCUCGCCGACGACGACCUCCUGCACAGCAUACAGACCAGCACGGCCACGUCGGAGCCGCCACCGCCCGGUCGCGUGCCCGCCUAUCCGGGCCGCAUCGUAUCCAUGGGCCUCGACACGGUGCGGCACCUCGCGUUUGUCGGCGAGCCGGCUGAGGCACAGCGGAUCCUCGACCGGCUGCGGCAGCAGUUUGGCGGUCACCUGGACCAGAUGUCGCUGCACACGUCUGCCGAUUCUCUUCAGACUCAUGCUGAACGGACGGAGGAGGCGGACGCGAGGACGACGGCGCAUGACGUCGGGUGCCACCGGUUUCUCAAAUCCGAGAGCCGGCAGGGCCGGCUUGUAGAUGUUGAUCGAGACGACGUGCAAAGCACUGAUGGCACAAUCGCCUCAGCCACGUUGGACGCCAGCAGACGCAGCUUAAAUAUUUGCAAGUUAUCGGUCAUGCGGCGCACCUUGCUGAGUUGA